AUGCUAGAGAUCCUGACCUUCAAGUUCAACCCUAGCCCCGAUCUACUAUUCGGGGUUAGCAUUGUUCUCAUCUGUUUCUUCAUCUCCUACCGUAUUCAUUGGCAUCCUCUUUCCCAUAUCCCCGGCCCAACCCUUGCAAAAAUCACCGGCCAAUGGCGCAAUAUCCGCUACUGGCGCGGUACCUGGCACGAUGAUAUUCUUCAGGUCCAUCGCAAGUACGGCCGAAUCGUCCGCAUCGCCCCCAAUGAAGUUUCCGUGGUGGAUGGCCAAGCCGCCCGACUCCUCUACGGCAACGGCGCGAUCGCCCUCAAGACAGACUGGUACACGACGUGGGACUCGCCGGUUGGGCCACCUUCACUUUUCUCCAUUCGUGACAAGAAGAUGCACACGUACUGCCGCAAGCGGGUGGCUGGGGCAUAUAGCAUGACGAGUGUGCUGCGCUAUGAGCCGGACAUCCAACGGUGUUUGGAUCUGCUGGUGACUAAACUUGAGGAUCAUGCCGGACAGGGGGUCAUAGCCAACCUCAGCGAGUGGACGAGUGCUUUUGCCUACGACGUUAUCGCGUGCUUGGCUUAUGGGGCCCCGUUGGGUCAUUUGGAGUCUGGGUCAGACCUGAUGGAUAUAAGGAAGUCAUUGUAUUUCACUUUCUCUUUUAACGCAUGCCUUGGUCACUAUCCGGGUCAAUCGUGGCUGAUGACGAAUUGCGGGACGCAGUUUCUGUUAGGCGUCUUGGGGAAGGAUCACUUCACCGAGUUUCUGCGAUGGACCAGCAACAUGAUUCAGUUGCAGAUGGCGAGGAAGGCGGACGUUGAGAAGUCGAACCUCUUGCAGCACUUUUUAAACAUGAAGGACGACGCUGGAAACCCUGUUCAGCUACAGGAUGUGAUUGCUGAAGCGGGUAGUCUGGUGGGAGCCGGAGCCGACACGACUGCGUCAGCUAUUCGCGCUUGUCUUCACGCGAUCUACUCCCGCCGCGAGGUCCUAGACCGUCUCCGUGCUGAGAUAGACGAAGUAUACACCGCGAAUAGCGAAAUGGGCAAUUUACCGUAUAUCAAGUGCCAGAAACUCCCCUUUUUGGCCGCGGUUAUCAAGGAAGCUAUGCGACUCAACCCUUCGAUUACCUUCCAACUGCUGCGCUAUGUACCACCAAGCGGCUUGGUGGUUGACGACAAGUUGAUCCCGCCCGGCUACCCGGUUGGGAUAAGUCCUCUGGCGCAGAACCGUGACGUUGCAAUCUGGGGCAAAGACGCGGAUGAGUUCCGACCAGAGAGAUGGCUGGACCCCAAUCGCUCCCGACAUCUAGAUGCAAACGACUUGAUCUUUGGGGGAAACGGGCCCCGCAUGUGCAUCGGGCGAAAUAUUGCCUUGAUGGAGGUCUUCAAGUCGGUCGCGCAGAUUGUCCGAUCUCUGGAUCUCGAGAUUGUCCAUCCACAGAAUCCUUGGCGGGUGGCGUCUUACUGGUUCUCCUAUCAGCAUGAUUUCUUCGUCAAGCCACAAAUUCGCGGUUCGUUGAACUAG